AAACGGGCCAUUAGCCCGCGAGGGUCAUGUAGACAAAGAGGAGGAAGAAUGGCGGUCUCUUUGACGCUCGCUCGCCCACCACCAGCAAUGGCCUCUCUCCCUCUCCUCACCAGGACGGCCUCUCCUCCGAAGGCCGCAGCGCUGCCCUGCUCCACCUCCUCCUCCUCCUCCGGGCUCGGCUCUUCCUUUGUUCCCUCCACGUCUCUCUCCUUGCGGUCAUCGUCCUCCUCAUUCUCAGGCCUGUCCUUGACAAUUAAUUUGAAUUUCAACAAAGUUGUGGAGAAGAGUCGCACUCUUCAGGUUAGAGCUGGGAAAGCUGCUUUGUGCCAAACCAAGAGAUCCAGAUCGAGGAAAUCACUAGCUCGCACCCAUGGCUUUCGCCGUCGAAUGAGAACAGCUACUGGAAGGGCUGUAUUGAAACGAAGACGUGCGAAAGGCCGGAAAGUCCUUUGCACCAAGUCCAAUCCUAAUAGCGGGAAGAGAUCUUGAUCAAGUAGUGCCCAGUCUGAAGCUUCAAUUUUUAGUUUUCUUCCAAGCAAUUGUAGUUGGAUUCUUUCUGUCUUGUCAACGUUGGUCCAUAUAAGGUGCUUAUUGGUUUCGCUUUU